AUGGAGCCAGUAAACCAAACCCUUGUGGCAGAAUUCCUCCUCCUGGGACUCUCUGAGGAUCCAGACCUGCAGCCUGUACUCUUUGGCCUGUUGCUGACCAUGUACCUGGUCACAGUGCUUGGGAACCUACUCAUCAUUCUGGCUGUCAACUCUGACUCCUGCCUCCACACCCCCAUGUACUUCUUCCUCUGCAACCUGUCCUUGGCUGACAUCUGUAGCACCUCCACUGUGGUCCCUAAGAUGCUGCUCAAUAUCCAGACAGAAAGCAAAGCCAUCACUUAUGCAGGCUGCCUGGCUCAGGCAUAUUUUUUCUUGGUUUUCCUAGGUAUGGAUAAUUUACUGUUGACCGUGAUGGCCUAUGAUCGCUAUGUGGCCAUCUGCCACCCCCUGCAUUACACAGUCAUCAUGAACCCCCGCCUCUGUGUCCAGCUAGUUCUGAUCUGUCUGCUCAUCAACACUGUGGAUGCCCUGCUGCACACUCUGUUGUUGCUGCGUCUGUCUUUCUGCAAACACCUGGAGAUCCCUCACUUCUUCUGUGACCUUGCUCAGAUCCUUAAGAUGGCCUGUUCUGAUACUCUUGUCAAUAACACUGUUUUAUUUUUAGCAACCAUCUUCUUGGGCUUUGGUCCUGUGUCUGGCAUAAUUUUCUCUUAUACUCGAAUUGUCUCCUCCAUUCUGAGAAUCCCAUCAACUGGUGGAAAGUAUAAAGCUUUUUCUACCUGUGGGUCUCACCUAUCUGUGGUUUCCUUGUUCUAUGGGGCUGCUAUUUGGGUUUACCUUAGUUCUGCUAUUCCUGUAUCUCCCAGAAUGAGUGCUCUGGCCUCAGUGAUAUACACUGUGGUCACCCCCAUGCUGAACCCCUUCAUCUACAGCCUGAGGAACAAGGACAUGAAGGGGGCCUUGAAAAAACUCACCUUGGAAUGUUUACUUUUUUGUGAUCUGUAA